GGCUCACCCCGGCGCCUGAUGGCAGGAAGAGGUACAGUGACAUCUUCCGGAGCCUGGACAACCUCGAGAUCUCUCUGGGGAAUGUGGCCCUCGAGAUGCUGCCUGGAGACCCCGGACUCUCAGCAGACCCUGAGCCUGACAAGGCCCCCACAGCCACGGUGGUGAGUGGGGUCGAGACCAGCGAAGCCAGCUGUUGGAGCUGCCCCUCCAUAGAGAGCCCUGCACCUCUUUCGGGAGAGGAACUGGACCUGCGGCUCAUUCGGACCAAAGGGGGCGUGGACAUGGCGCUGGAUUAUGCCAAGACCUGGAGCCGCUACGCCAAGGAGCUGCUGGCCUGGACCGAGAAGAGGGCCAACUACGAGCUGGAAUUUGCCAGAAGUGUCAUGAAGAUCGCCGAGGCUGGCAAGGUGUCCAUCCACCAGCAGAGCCAUAUGCCGCUGCAGUAUAUCUACACACUCUUCCUGGAGCAUGACCUUAGCCUGGGAGCCCUGGCCGUGGAGACGGUGGCCCAGCAGAGACGAGACUACUGCCAGCCCCUGGCCGCCAAGCGGACAGAGAUUGAAAAGUGGCGCAAGGAGUUCAAGGAGCAGUGGAUGAAAGAACAGAAGAGAAUGAACGAGGCGGUGCAGGCGCUGCGGCGGGCCCAGCUACACUACUUCCAGCGCUGCGAGGACCUGCGGGCGCGCUGCCAGGGCUCCCCGGAAGACCCGGCCCCCCAGGCCUCGCCAGGCCCCAGCAAGCAGCAGGAGCGGCGUCGGCGAUCGCGGGAGGAGGCCCAAGCCAAGGCGCAGGAAGCCGAGGCGCUGUACCAGGCCUGCGUGCGCGAAGCCAACGCGAGGCAGCAGGACCUAGAGGCGGCCAAGCAGCGGAUCGUGUCGCACGUGCGCAAGCUGGUCUUGCAAGGCGACGAGGUUCUGCGGCGGGUGACCCUGGGCCUGUUCGGGCUGCGGGGGGCGCAGGCGGAGCGGGCCCCCCGCGCCUUUGCGGCGUUGGCCGAAUGCUGCGAGCCCUUCGAGCCCGGCCAGCGCUACCAGGAGUACGUGCGGGCGCUGCGGCCCGAGGCCCCGCCAGCCCCGCCGCCUGCCUUCUGCUUCCAGGAGUUUGCGCCCCCUGCGCACAGCUCCCCUCUGGACACCAGAAAGAAGCUCUCGGGGCCCCCACCUCCGAGGCUGGACGAGAGUUUGGCUGAGCCGGGUGCUUGGGAGGACCCAGGCGCAGGCAGGCAGGGGACCGCAGGCCCCGCUCCAGGCAGUGAUGUGGACAGCGUGGGCGGUGGGAGCGAGUCCCGGUCCCUGGACUCCCCCACUUCCAGCCCAGGCACGCGGCGGCUGGUGAAGGUCUCGUCCACAGGCACCGAGUCCUCCGAUGACUUUGAGGAGCGAGAUCCCGACCUGGGAGAGGGGCUGGAGAACGGGCUGGGCAGGAAGUGGACGCUCUCCCUGGCGGCUCAGACCCACCGGCUGCGGCGGCUGCGGGGCCCGGCCAAGUGCCGCGAGUGUGACGCCUUCAUGGUCAACGGGAUCGAGUGCGAAGAGUGCCUCCUGACCUGUCACAAGCGCUGCCUGGAGACCUUGCUGAUCCUCUGUGGACACAGGAAGCUCCCAGCCCGGACGCCUCUCUUUGGAGUCGACUUCCUGCAGCUGCCCAGGGACUUCCCGGAGGAGGUGCCCUUCGUGGUCACCAAGUGCACGGCCGAGAUCGAGCACCGCGCCCUGGGAGUGCAGGGCAUCUACCGGGUCAGCGGGUCCCGGGUCCGGGUGGAGCGGCUGUGCCAGGCUUUUGAGAACGGGCGCGCGCUGGUGGAACUCUCCGGAAACUCGCCCCACGAUGUCUCCAGUGUCCUCAAGCGAUUUCUCCAGGAGCUCACCGACCCCGUGGUCCCCUUCCAUUUGUACGGCGCCUUCAUCUCUCUGGCUAAGACCCUGCAUGCAGACCCUGGGGCCGACCCUGGGGCCCCCAGCCCCCGCCCUGAGGUCGUCUACUUGCUGAAGACCCUCUUGGUACAGUUGCCUCACUCUAACUACAACACCCUACGGCACCUGGUGGCUCAUCUGUUCAGGGUGGCCGCACACUGUGAGGAGAACAGGAUGUCUGCCAACAACCUGGGCAUCGUGUUCGGGCCGACGCUGCUGCGGCCAGCGGAGGACCCGCGGACGGCCGGUGCCAGCCCCGCCACCUGCCUGCUGGACUCGGGGUACCAGGCCCAGCUCGUGGAGUUCCUCAUCGUGCACUACGAGCAGAUCUUCGGGAUGGAUGAGCUGCCCCUGGCCAGCGAGCCCUUGACCCAAGACCCCAGCCCGGCCCCGGGGCCCCUCGCCAUCACCAGCCCCUGCCUCGCGCCAGCCUCGGGGCCAGGCCCGGAGCCGCAUCCCCACGGAUCCCUGGAGAAGCGUGGAGAGGACACGACCCCCGAGAGCCCAGCUCCACCGAGUGAUCAGAGGGAGGAAGUGGCGGAAGACACCAAAGACGAGGCCGAGGAAGAGACCAGCCAAGGCCCCGAAGACUCGUUCCUGGGGACACAGUCCCGGGGCCACUUCAGCCGCCAGCCCGUAAAGUACCCCCGGGGGGGCGUGCGGCCUGUCACCCACCAGCUGUCCAGCUUGGCGCUGGUGGCUUCCAAGCUGUGCGAAGAGACCCCCGUGGCCUCCGUGAACCCAGGGAGUUUGCGGAGGCGGGGGCCCAGCCCCCUGUGCCGCACCCCGCUGCCCAAACAUUUUGAGAUCACCCAAGAGACCGCCCGGCUACUCUCCAAGCUGGACAGCGAGGCUGUGCCCAGGACCGCCGGCAGCGCCGACCCCCAGCCAGAGGAAGAUGAGGAGCAUCUCUGACCACCCCUGGACCCUCUGCGGGGGGGCUUGGGACUGUGAAGAUGGACCCAUGUCUCGCGUGCCUGACCGCCCCCCCCAGCACACACCUGGGGCCAGAGCUCCACUUGGGGGGGGUUCCUAUAAAGACUGCGUGGCCUGGGGGAGGCCCAGAACCUUCCCAACACACACAGGUCAUGGCCAAAGCCUCAGGGCCGCUCCAGGUCACGGUCAGUAUCCAGGGUCCACCCCGGACUCUGACCCUUUGGGUGCCUUUUGCUGCUUGGUGUGGGCACUGCCCCACCGCCGCCUGCCUACUUCACCGAGCCAAGCCACCCACCAGUUCUUGGUGGGGGGGCAGCCAGACCCCACAGCCCCCUGGGUGCCCGGGAUCUGGUGGUUUCUGAAUAAAUGUCGCCCUGUGUA